UCCCCAUCUGUCGUCUACUAUUGGUUUAUCUUCGAGAUGUGACGGAAACUAAUCGACUCAACAGACGAUGUAGCUAAUGCGUGGGCAACUAGUGUCUCGUCUCGGUCCAUUUCAUACCGACAGGCCAUGGUCUUCGGCACCGUGUUUGAGAUGCUGGGGGCCAUCACGGUGGGUGCACGAACGGCCGACACCAUUAAGAACGGCAUUAUCCCCAACUCCGCCUUCCGGGGCGACGCCGGCGUGCAGAUGCUCGCCUUCACAUGCGCACUCGCUGCUGCCUCAUCAUGGGUCAUGUGGUGCACCAAGCACUCAGCCCAUGUGUCGUCGACGUAUUCGCUUAUCUCGGCCGUGGCCGGUGUUGGUGUCGCUACCGUCGGCGCUUCUCAAGUGCAAUGGGGAUGGAACGACGGCAAAGGCCUCGGAGCCAUCUUUGCCGGUCUGGGCAUGGCACCCGUCAUCUCGGCCGGGUUUGCCGCCACCAUCUUUAUGUUGAUCAAGUUCAUGGUGCACAUGCGUAAGAACCCCGUCCCCUGGGCCGUCUACAGCUCGCCCUUCUGGUUCCUUAUUGCCGGCACCAUCUGCACUCUGUCCAUCGUCUACAAGGGUUCCCCCAACCUCGGUCUGAACAAGAAGCCCGACUGGUACGUUGCCAGCGUCACCAUGGGCACCGGUGCUGGUGUCGCCCUCUUGUCCGCCAUCUUCUUCGUCCCUUUUGUGCACUCCCGCAUCGUCAAGCGUGAUCACACCGUCAAGUGGUACAUGUUCGUGCUGGGUCCCCUCCUCUUUAAGCGCCCGGCCCCCGAUCACGCCGACCGCGCCGCCGUGCCCAACUACGCCGUCGUCCAAGAUGACGAACACUCCUCCGUCGAAUCAAUCCGCAGCCACACCGACCCCAAACCCGACGACGUGUUGCCCAUCUCCACGUCCACUCAAGACACGAGGGAAAACGAAAAGCGUCUCGUCAAUACCGAGGCCUCGCAGCGCAGCUACAAGGAACUCGAGGCUGCAGGCGAGGAGCGUCUCCACGCCGCCCUCCGCAAGAAGAAGGGCCCCAUUGGCUGGGCUAUGCGCACCCUCCACGAGAACCCCAUGGGCCCCGGCCAGAUCUACGAGCUCCACAACAUGAAGAUUCUCGCGAAGCGGAUCCCCGCCAUGCUUGUCUGCGGUGCCCUUUACGGUCUGCACUACGAUAUCCAUGCCGCGCAGACGGGAACCGAGGGGACGCCCGAGGGUGCCCGUAUGGCAAGGGUGUAUGCCCAUGCUGACAAGUACCCUAAUGAGGUUGAGCAUACGUAUUCGUUUGUGCAGGUCUUGACUGCAUGCACGGCUUCUUUUGCACACGGCGCGAACGAUAUCGGGAACUCGGUUGGUCCCUGGGCUGUCAUUUACUCGGCUUGGUCCACUGGCAAUGCCGCGGCGUCCAAGGCCUCUGUGCCGGUUUGGCAGUUGGCGGUUCUUUCGGCGGUUAUAUCGCUGGGCCUCAUCACCUAUGGCUACAACAUCAUGAAGGUUAUGGGCAACAAGAUUACGUAUCACUCGCCUAGUCGAGGUUGCUCCAUGGAAAUGGGCGCGGCCAUCACCGUCCUCGUCUUCUCCCAGUUCUCCCUUCCCGUAUCCACAUCCAUGUGCAUCACCGGCGCCACUGUUGGCGUCGGUCUCUGCAACGGCACCUUCAAGGCUGUCAACUUCCAGCGUGUCGGUCUGUUGUUGCUUUCGUGGAUUGCGACUAUUCCCAUCGCGGGUACGUUGGGUGGGGUGUUGAUGGGCUUGUUCCUCAAUGCACCGCACUUUUCUUCUUAAGUAAGGGGUUUUGCAUGAGGGAUAAGAGAUGAGAUUAGAU